UAGUCGAGGAAGCGACCUGCACACAGAUUCCCAGAUCUACAUGUAAAGUUAUGUUAACAGUUCAGUGGCUUUACCGCGUUGGUCAAGCGGCACAAGGACAACGGACUCAACAACAACAACAACAACAACAUACAAGGCUUAUUUUGCAGCACAUCGUGAAUUUGUCCGUCCUUGAAGGAGGCUGUGGCUUGUCUUGUCGCUGGGCAGGGCUAUGAUACUCCAGAGGUGGAUCGGUCCCACCCUCCUCUCUGCAGCAGCUGGCCAUAGUUCCGCAAUAUUGAAGAAAGGGAGUCCGUUCACCCACAACCUGACCCACGUGUGUCUGUUUAGGAGUCCCAGCGACAGAGACGGCAUGGCAGAAGAGGCAAAGAAACUAGCAGGCUACGCUGCGGUGGAUAACCAUGUUCAGAACAACCAGGUAGUUGGAGUGGGCAGUGGAUCCACCAUCGUGUAUGCUGUAGACAGACUAGCGGAGAGAGUUCGUCAGGAGAAGCUCAACAUAGUGUGUGUCCCCACCUCCUUCCAGGCUCGUCAGUUGAUUCUGCAGCGUGGUCUGACCCUGUCUGAUCUGGAUAGAAACCCAGAGCUGGACGUGGCCAUUGACGGGGCAGACGAGGUGGAUGCAGCUCUCACACUCAUCAAAGGAGGAGGAGGCUGUCUGACUCAGGAGAAGAUCGUAGCCGGCUGCGCCAAACACUUCAUCGUCAUCGCGGACUUUAGGAAGGACUCCUCGGCCCUGGGCCAGCAGUGGAAGAAGGGUGUUCCUAUAGAAGUCAUCCCCAUGGCCUACAUCCCCGUCUCCAGGGCGAUAGCCAAGCGGUUCGGAGGGGAGGCAGUGCUCCGCAUGGCCAUCAGUAAAGCUGGUCCGGUGGUAACAGACAACAGUAACUUCCUUCUGGACUGGAAGUUUGAACACACUCACAACUGGAAGGAGGUUAAUACAGCUAUAAAGAUGAUACCAGGUGUGGUAGAGACAGGUCUGUUUGUGGGGAUGACAGAGAGGGUGUACUUUGGGAUGGAGGAUGGUAGUGUUCGUAUCAGAGACCCCCCAGUCAACUGACCAGAGCCCUUCUCCAGCACCACCUGGAACCAACCACCAUCAACCAUCUCAUCUCAACCACAAGUGCCCUAAUAUUCUAUCUCUGCCUGAUCUGACGGACUCCGACUGUGAUUGGUGUAAAAAUAGUCACCUGUAGUUUUGCCUCACACAGACACAACGUCACCUCAACGUCUGUCUCUCAUCAUGGCAUGUACAGACUCUAAGUCCCAAAUGACACUCCCUUUGACCAAGGCAGAUAGACCCAUGGGGCUCUGGUCAAAGGGAGUGUAGUGUGUAGGGAUUAGGGUGCCAUUUGGGACUGUCUUAAAGAAUGUCACUGUCAUAAACAUCCAACCUGCAUUGACUCACUGUGGCCGUAGCUAGACCUGCAUUGACUCACUGUGGCUGUAGCUAAACCUGUAUUGACUCACUGUGGCCGUAGCUAAAACUGCAUUGACUCACUGUGGCCUGUAGCUAGACCUGCAUUGACUCACUGUGGCCGUAGCUAAAACUGCAUUGACUCACUGUGGCUGUAGCUAAAACUGCAUUGACUCACUGUGGCCGUAGCUAGACCUGCAUUGACUCACUGUGGCCGUAGCUAGACCUGCAUUGACUCACUGUGGCCGUAGCUAGACCUGCAUUGACUCACUGUGGCCGUAGCUAGACCUGCAUUGACUCACUGUGGCUGUAGCUAGACCUGCAUUGACUCACUGUGGCUGUAGCUAAAACUGCAUUGACUCACUGUGGCUGUAGCUAGACCUGCAUUGACUCACUGUGGCCGUAGCUAGACCUGCAUUGACUCACUGUGGCCGUAGCUAGACCUGCAUUGACUCACUGUGGCUGUAGCUAGACCUGCAUUGACUCACUGUGGCCGUAGCUAGACCUGCAUUGACUCACUGUGGCCGUAGCUAGACCUGCAUUGACUCACUGUGGCCGUAGCUAGACCUGCAUUGACUCACUGUGGCCGUAGCUAGACCUGCAUUGACUCACUGUGGCCGUAGUAGCUAACAGGGUGUAGUAACAUCAGUCAGUGGUGUGUUUUCUGUUCUCUUUAGAUAAACAGAGAGCUCUGGUGGAGAUGAACAAACCAGUCUGGCAGCAGUGGUACAGUCCAAAGACUAAACUUCCUGAAUGGUACCCUAUCCCCUUUAUAGCGCAAUAGUUUUGACCCUAUGGGGCACACUGACACCAAUGGGCCCUUGUCAAACGUAGUGCACUAAAAUAGGGAUUAUGGUGCCAUUUUGACCACUAGCCUGAACAUCUGCUCUGUUUCUACUGAGAACUGUCUAACUGGUGUUGUCUGUGUCCCAGAUCUGUCUCUAGUUGUCUGUGUCCCAGAUCUGUCUCUAGUUGUCUGUGUCCCAGAUCUGUCUGGAUGGCCCAAACAGACUUUCUCUCAGGCUGUGUCUCUGUUUGUCUAGUUGUUGCACAUCGUUUCCGUUCAUUGCUCAAGCCAGCCUUGUGGCAUUCUCUUACCUAAUACCAAAGUUGCAGGGUCUGGAUUCACAAAACAUUUCUUAAGGUUUUCAAAAUCCAGACUCAAUGCAUGGCUCACCUAGUCUCAACCUGCUUCCAAACAGCAGUACAGGGGAAGGGGGGGGGGUGUAAUGCACCAAAUGUAACUAUUGAACGGCCAUGCAUGUCCCCAUCUGUAGCCUAUUGGCUGUCUUGACUGAGUCUGCUUCUGGCACCAAUAGCAUCCCUUCUCCUUCCAUAGCAGCUCCUUUAUUGGUCACUAAGCAGGAUGUGACAGUUUAGCACCAGCUCUAUGUCUAUCUAUACCUUUCAGUGCCAAUACGACUGUGAUGACAAUUUGUAAGUCGCUCUGGAUAAGAGUGUCUGCUAAAUGACGAAAAUGUAAAUGUAAAAUGAUGAGUUGGCUGUCUUUCAGCUGUUCGGUUCUGGGGUUGUAUUACAGAUUAAACCAACAUCAACAAUGAAA